AUCUGAUAUUGCUCACAAUCCAGCCUUUUCGCACCGUUGACCACCUCUAGAUCGAUUGGCAAUAGCUACAAGCUUCCCAUCCCUUAGUUCUAGGCUAAUUUUUGGUUUUAAGAACCGGUGAAUCCGAGCCUGCACGGUGUCACAAGAGGUUCCUGAACCCCACACUUACUAUAACCGACAUCACGUUCAUUGUCCGCGGGCCAGACCGACUUGGACGUUUCCCAUUGCACCAAAAUGAGUGAUCAAACCUCCUCUUCGGGUCCUGUGACCAUCGUGGUCGAGCAUCUGGACCCCGAGUUGGGCGCUUGGUCCGCUCUGGAGUAUGGCUGCAUUGCCCGUGAAGCGCAUGCCUCGGGGAGUAGAUUUCUGCUCAGCUCCGUGCCCACCUCCCUGCAGAUGCCGGAGGAUCUGGCGGCCACCCCAGGCCUCAACGUCGAGCACCGCAGUGUGGAGGAGAUUUUUGCGGACCGCAAGUCUCGGGUCUGCCUGUUGGACCCUUCCGCCACGGUUGAGUUGAGCCCCGCUGAUGCAGAGACGUUCGAUGUCUUUCUCUUCGGUGGAAUCCUGGGCGAUGACCCACCUCGCGACCGCACCUCGGAGUUGAGAAAGAAGGGCUAUGCUGGCCGUAGACUGGGACCUGUGCAAAUGACCACGGAUACAGCUGUGCGCGUCACUCGCCUAGUUGUGCACGAUAAGAUUCCGUUGGAGGACAUCAAAUACGUUGACCACCCCGAGAUCCUGAUCAACGAGCACGAACGGACUGAGAUGCCCUUCCGCUAUGUUGUGGACAAGGAUGGUCAGCCCAUCAUGCCUCCGGGCAUGGUGGACUUGAUCAAGAAAGACGCCGACCAGGGUAUUGAUGAUCUCAUCUGAAUUAAGUGAAAGAUCGGCCUAAGAUUAUAGCUCUCCAUGAAUGCACAGGGACAAAAAAAUUCACCCAGCUUGGAAUUGGAAGUAAACCGAUCGAGCGAUGCUGGGAUGGAUCUGCAUUGGGACCUGGAGUAGACUGUACCAAGUGUCAUCGAGAUGGAUGAAUCGGGCGAAUGCAACUCAGAUUGUCAAUGAUAGUCAG